ACGGAGCCGUAGCUCAUGCUAACAGAAGAUUAUUGGAGGCUAACAAUGUGGAGGAACGCCUUCCGGAUACCGUCUUACGUCACCGUCCUCACAGCGCUGACUCGUCCUGUUUGCCGCUUUCUUCAUGUCGGCCAGCAUGCCUCCCUCACCACGUCCUUCUCCUCCACAGACUUGGAGCUGUUUGCCAAGCUGACAGGUGACAUCAAUCCGCUACACCUGGACCCAGCCUACGCCAGCACCACCUCCUUUAAGGCCCCCAUCGUCCACGGCAUCCUGAUCAACGGCCUGAUAUCUGCCGUGCUGGGCACCAAGAUGCCUGGCCAUGGCUGCGUCCUCCUCCACCAGGAGAUUCACUUCCCGGCACCGCUUUACGUCGGUGAGGAGGUGCUGGCCGAGGCCGAGAUCCGCAAGAUAAAGAUGUCAUUUGCUUUUAUUGCGGUCACGUGCUCUGUCAAGGACAAGGUUGUGAUGGAGGGGGAGGUGACGGUGAUGGUUCCGGAGGAGGAGCGACAAAAGUGAGAUAAGGAGGUCAAAGAUCAGAGUUCACAGCAACCUUACCAAAGUUGGAACAGCUAGAACGGUAAACGUCAGAAGGUGCAUUUCCACCGUGGACACCAGUUCCACACCCUGAAAUUAGGAUGAUGUUUUUAGAGGAACUACAAGUUUUUCUACCGGCUGAUUAUUCAAAGCAGCAGAUUCCACAUCGACAUCGUAGAUCCAGAAUGUUUGGAAUGUUCAGAGCUUUUAUAGGGAGCAGACAAUUCAGUACUCAGGAUUUGGACUGCGGUAGAAAAGCGGAGCUUCGCUCUGGAUAUUUGAUGACUGACUCUGCGGUAGAAAAGCAGAGCUUUGCUCUGGAUAUUUGAUGACUGACUUUGCGGUAGAAAAGUGGAGCUUCGCUCUGGAUAUUUGAUGACUGACUCUGCGGUA